CACCAGACAAGUCAUCCUGCCCGCCUGCCUACAUCCCCGUCCAAAUCUGGCUUUCACGCCCUGCACCCAGCAGCGGUGUUGCAGUGCACUCUCUUAACCUGCCCUGGCACGACACAGAGCCCGCCGAGCGAGACAAAGUCCUGCCAAUACUUGCGUGAUUCUUCCUUGUCCAUCGUGGCCGGCACGCACGCCGUGGGCGUCAAACAAACUGCGUGCUAAGGACCAGUCACCGCUAACCAUGUACUAGUCAAGCCUGCUUGCCGCUUUUGCUGAUCCUUGCUCAUCAUAUUCGAUUCUGUUCCGUCUUCAGCCCGCCCCAUUUUCGCAAUAUGAGCUUUCAGAAGGGCCUUCUGCACGAAACCACAGUGUCGACGCGGCCAGGCCAGCAAGUGACGUACCACACCACUACUGUAGCUGGUCACAAGCGGCCUCAUGGCGAACCGGUUGAUGGCCCUGCCCGGAUCGGACCAAUACAGGCCGAGCCUCAACGGCCCGCUCAGUUCGAGAGACCACCUCGAUUUGACCACCACGGGCCGCCACGGCUUCAAGCCAGUGCAAUCGUGCCGGAUGGGCCAUCACUCGCUGCCAGCAGAGCUGCCAGUUCGCUUCCUCAAGGAUCCGCCUCCGGCUCGCAGCGGCCACUCAUCGAUCAUGCUUUGCAGCUCUCGCAUCCGCGAUAUGCACUGCCCGAGCAGCUUGUUCAGAAUUUCCGCGAGCUCGGCAUCGCAGAGAUUUAUCCUUGGCAGAAGCAAUGCCUGAUGGGGCCGGGACUCCUUAAGGGGGAGAAGAAUCUAGUCUACUCGGCGCCCACGGGCGGUGGCAAGUCGCUCGUCGCCGACAUCAUUAUGCUCAAGCGAGUGCUCGAGGACAGGAACGCAAAGGCUCUUCUCGUGCUGCCGUAUAUCGCUCUGGUCCAAGAGAAAGUCAGGUGGUUGCGGAAUUUGGUGCAGGGCAUCUCACGCGAGCAGGCAGAAGACGGCAUACCGGCUUCGACGCCAGGUCUCUGGCGAAGAAGGGCUGACAAGAACAACAUCCGGGUUGUGGGCUUCUUUGGUGGCGGCAAGAUCCGCGCGACCUGGGCUGAUUUCGAUAUUGGAGUAUGCACAUUUGAAAAGGCCAACACUCUCAUCAAUGGCGCAAUGAUGGAUGCUAGCAUAUCGACCCUCAAGGCCGUGGUGAUGGAUGAGCUGCACAUGGUCGACGAUGACCAUCGGGGGUACUUGAUGGAGCUCAUGGCAACGAAACUCAUCAGCCUCGAGCAUAAGGUGCAGAUUGUGGGCAUGAGUGCGACCCUAUCUAAUAUUGGCAUUCUGGCUAAAUGGCUGAACGCCCAUACCUACAUCACCACGUAUCGUCCGAUCCCGCUAGACGAAUUUCUCGUUUACGAGGGCAACGUAUACCCAGCUUCAGGAACUAAAGCGCUCCUCAAGACAGCAACGCAACUGAACAAGGACGACAAGGAUAUCAGCCUCGCGACCCAGCCAUUCCAGCAUAUCCAACCAGAAAGGGUCAUUGAUCCAAAUCCCUCCAAAGAGCUGCAGGAACCAGUAUUGAAUGCUGUUGUUGCUCUGGCCGUAGAAACUGCUCUUGCAGGUCAUGGAGCAUUGGUAUUUUGCAGUAGUCGGCACGGGUGCGAGGCCGAUGCCCGCAUCAUCAGCCGAGCACUUCCGGAUGUGCACAAAGUGGCACAUGAUGUCGCCGCUGCGCGGCUGGAUCUCCUUGGCGAUCUAAGAAGUCUGCCGACAGAUCUUGAUCCUACAUUGGAGCAGACUAUUCCUUUCGGGGUCGCGUUUCACCAUGCAGGGCUGACCACGGAAGAACGAGAUCUGAUUGCGGAUGCGUAUGACCGUGGAGCCAUCAAAGUCAUUGCAGCAACAUGUUCAUUAGCUGCUGGUAUCAACUUACCUGCUCGCAGGGUCAUUCUCCAUAACGCGAGAAUGGGCAGAGAUCUGGUCGGACCCUCGAUGCUGCGCCAGAUGCGCGGUCGAGCAGGUAGAAAGGGCAAAGACGAGGUCGGCGAGGCAUAUCUAUGCUGCCGAAAGAACGACUUGCAGGACGUUGUGGGCCUGAUGGAUGCCGAGCUGCCGAAAGUUACGAGCGGAUUGGCAACUGACAAGCAGCGGAUACAGCGAGCGCUCCUCGAGAUCAUCUGCAUCCGCCUGGCUAACUCGAAGGACGCCAUCUACGAGUACCUUGCGAGCACUUUGCUCAACAUCAGUGGCAGCUGUCCUGACUUGACAGAACAUGUUGAGACCAGCCUGUCUAGCCUUGUCGAGAUGGGCUUCAUAACGCUCGACCGUAAUGAGACCUACAACCCAACGCAGUUGGGGUCGGCAAUCGUCACCUCGGCAUUAGAUCCAGAGGACGGAGCGUUCGUGUAUCGCGAGAUACAGCGGGCGCUCAAGGCCUUUGUUCUCGAUGGCGAGCUGCACGUUCUUUACACUUUCACACCGGUGCACGACUUUUCUAUUGCAAUAAACUGGCAGAUUUUCCGACGGCAGAUGGAGUCGCUCGACGAGAGUGAACUCCGGGUCAUGACGCUGCUUGGCCUCAAGCCUUCUGUAGUCAACCGGAUGGCACAAGGUGCCGUCUUCCGCGAGGCUACCGCUGAGGAGAAAGAGCUGGCGAGGAUUUACAACCGGUUCUACCUAGCACUCCAGCUACGCGAUUUGUGCCAUGAGAUGCCCUUACAUACAGUCGCGCGCAAGUACGAAAUGCCCAGAGGCACGAUCCAAACGCUGGCGCAGACAUGCCAGGGCUUCGCGGCUGGAGUCAUCAAGUUUUGCGAGCAGAUGGGCCAUGGUGCAAUGGCAGCAAUUCUCGACCACUUCUCCGAUCGCCUCCGGGCUGGCGCAAGAGCAGACUUGCUGGCACUUGCACGCAUCACAUUCAUCAAGAGCCGUACCGCACGGGUCUUUUAUGACAAUGGGUUCAGGAGUGUGGCAUCCAUUGCGAAUGCAGAUCCACGGGAGCUGGUCCCCAUUUUGAUGCAGGCCCGACCGAACAAGAUCCGUCUCAAAUCCAAGGACGAGGAGAAUCUCGAGGCAAAGCUCCUGGUCAAGGCGACAGUGAUCACCGAGUCGGCGAAUCGGCUCUGGCAGAUGGAAAUGCUGCAGGAGCUUGACGUGGAAUGAUAAAAGUACUUUUAGGGGCAACUUGCCUGGGUGGCGACCAAGGAAAUUUACUCGUAUUCUCUGGGAUGAUAGAACGUGUGGCAGAGAGUGCAGAAUCACAAUUCAGAUAUAGAAAACCAUUCGUGGGCUCAUGCUCAUUUACACACAACUCACGGUGUUCCCAGGUCAGUGUGUACCGGGUCCAAAUUGCCAUUCGAGACGGUCGUUGUCACAUGGGGGGGGCGAAAACAAAGGAAUGUCGCGCC